CCCGUCGCGCGCAUGUCAAUUUUAUCAUACGGGAAAUGUCGAGUUAUUUUUAGAAAAUUGACGUUUUAUUAUUUAUAUAGGUCAUUUUUGCAUCUCCUAAAUUGCAGUGAAGUAAAGUGCAGCAAUGUCCAACGUUUCAAAGAGAAGGCGAGAGGGGUCACGAGCUAAGAUUAAGAGCAUGGGCGACCACAAGGAGUUCCUACGGCGCAUCACCAAGACCCUAUACUACGGACAGCUGCCUUCGCUACCGUGUCUCAGUCUGCCACUUACUGAGAUCUCGUGCGAGGAGUGGUCGGUGUCACAGCGCGGGCGGUCGCUGCGGCGGCUUCACGCCGACGCGGCAGCGGGUAUCGCCCGGCAGGCCUGCGUCUCGCCCGCCGCACUCGUGCUGGCGCUGCUCUAUCUCGAACGCUUGCGCACCUCCCGCCCGGACUACCUCGCCUUCAUGCCGCCCAAUGAACUUUUCCUCGUGUCGCUGAUGGUGGGUAACAAAUUCCUGCAAGACGAUGGUGAAGACGAAGAGGUGAUGUGCUCCGAGUGGGCAGAGUCGGGCGGCUUGGAUCUCAGUCAUCUCAAAAAGCUAGAACUGGAUUUCCUUCAUGCAAUGGACUGGAACAUUUUCGUUGGCGAACAACACUUCGAGAACGGGCUGCGUUGGCUGGAGCGACGCGUGGCGCUGAAGCAGGCGGCGCUGCGCGGAUUCUUCACGUACUCGGACCUGCACGUUAGCGGCGACGGCGCGCUGCUUGCCGAGGCUCUACGCGCGCUGGCAGCUUCUUGCGCGUUGACGGCGCUAGGAUACCUGGCCAGCCUGUUGGCGCUCCUCACCUCCACGCUGGUGAUCUCGCACGUGUGCCUACCGCAACUGCAGCGCCUGUCUGCGCCGGCGACCGACCCCGCAGCCGCCUUGCACGACGUGGCGACCCUUACGGUUGCACCCUCGCAAUUGCAGCUCCCUCCUUCUGUUACCAAUUCCUCGCUGGACCUACUCCCCCUGCUGCAGGCGCCUGAUGCGGAUCCCGUCCGAUGCUGCACGCAAUGGCUCAAGUAUCACGAGAGUACCGCCAAGAAGGCUUGGUCCGACCCGGUGGUUGUGUACGACUGGAAGGCUUUUGAGCCUUGGUGGUCGCGGACCUCUGUCCUCAACUGGUUGUAUCAGAGUUCGCUAGUUAACCCGAUGCAGAGGUGGCUCGAAAAGAUCAACGAGUACGCCGAUCUUUUAAAGAAGGCGUUGGAUGCGGAACCAUUGCAGGCAGUCAAGUGUGAAGACUAUGAUAAAGUGAAAGACUCGAGUGAGCAGAAGUGUGUGCGGCAGUGGCUUAACCUGAGUAAGCUUAGUGCCCUGGUUGUGUCUAUCUCUGACCGAUGAUUGCCUUUUGCGUGAAACGACGAUUCGAUGACGAAACGAUCGCGCAGAUUAUGGAAAUGUGUUAGUGACCCCUAUUGCUUCUCGUGUGUUUUAAUUUAGUGGCGAAUCACAGGAAAGCUUCAUUUUAAGCAAUUUUCUCUGUUAUAUAUUUUUAUUGUACUUAGAAUAAUGUUCGUGUAAAAAUACAGUUCUUGAAUUUAGCUCUUCAAAUGAUAACACCGACUAGUAUAACCUUGAAUGCAUGUUAGUUUUUUAAUACAAAGGAUGCAUGAUGAAAUGAACUAAGAAGGUCGUCUGGUGCUAUCGAUCGCCACUGUACUGGUUGUAUAUUGCUGACUUUGACAGAUUUUUCUGUUCUUUCGAAUUAGCGUCCCCGCCUCUCUCGGUGCCCCGGCAAGUUCCAUUCGUUUAAACAGAGCGAAUAGAAGUUAGUUACCGUCUUACAAAAAGAGUAAAAGUGAGGAUUUUUGUAUGCAUUGCAAUGAUGUAAGAAUGUUCAGAUGAAAUAGCCUACAAAGGUCUUGACUAUCAAAAUGUUCAUGAACCUAUCCAUGUGCACAAUGAGGAUAUUGAGAAAGACUUUUGUAUAUGUACAAAUCUAUCACUUGUUAACUAUUUAAUCAACAUUAGUAUGUAUAUUUUUGUAUGAUGUGUAUUUAUAACGCGUGAUGAAGUUCUUGAAUAAAUGUCGGCAACGGAUGACUCGGUAUCAUUUAA